GGCCAUUUUGUCUUAUCGGCUCCUCUUCAGAGGAGGCUUUUCGGCCUGCGAGCAGGCCGGGGAGGAUUGGCGACUGUGUCGCCGGCGUUUUCUUUAGCGGGUGCCAGGGCUGGUGGGAGCAGCCGCCCGAGAAGAGCACCAUGAUUUCGGCCGCGCAGUUGUUGGAUGAGUUAAUGGGCCGGGACCGAAACCUCGCCCCGGACGAGAAGCGCAGCAACGUGCGGUGGGACCACGAGAGCGUUUGUAAAUAUUAUCUCUGUGGCUUUUGUCCUGCGGAACUGUUCACAAACACUCGUUCCGAUCUUGGUCCAUGUGAGAAAAUUCAUGAUGAAAAUCUUCGAAAACAGUAUGAGAAGAGCUCGCGAUUUAUGAAAGUUGGCUAUGAGAGAGAUUUUUUGCGAUACCUGCAGAGCUUACUUGCAGAAGUAGAACGUAGAAUUAGACGAGGCCAUGCUCGUUUGGCACUGUCUCAAAACCAGCAGUCCUCUGGGGCAGCUGGUCCAACAGGCAAAAAUGAAGAAAAAAUUCAGGUUCUAACAGAUAAAAUUGAUGUGCUCCUGCAGCAGAUUGAAGAAUUAGGAUCUGAAGGAAAAGUAGAAGAAGCCCAGGGAAUGAUGAAAUUAGUUGAACAGUUAAAAGAAGAGAGGGAAUUGCUUAGAUCCACAACCUCGACGAUUGAAAGUUUUGCUGCCCAAGAAAAACAAAUGGAAGUUUGUGAAGUGUGUGGAGCCUUUUUGAUAGUAGGAGAUGCCCAGUCCCGGGUAGAUGACCAUUUGAUGGGAAAGCAGCACAUGGGCUAUGCCAAAAUUAAAGCUACUGUAGAAGAAUUAAAAGAAAAGUUAAGAAAAAGAACUGAAGAACCUGAUCGUGAUGAGCGCUUAAAAAAGGAGAAGCAAGAACGGGAAGAAAGAGAAAAAGAACGGGAGAGAGAGAGAGAGGAAAGAGAAAGGAAAAGACGGAGAGAAGAGGAAGAAAGAGAGAAAGAAAGGGCUAGAGACAGAGAAAGAAGAAAACGAAGCCGCUCAAGAAGUCGGCAUUCAAGCCGAACUUCAGACCGAAGAUGCAGCAGGUCUCGGGACCACAAAAGAUCACGAAGUAGAGAAAGAAGGCGAAGCAGAAGUAGAGAUCGACGAAGAAGCAGAAGCCAUGAUCGAUCAGAAAGAAAACAUAGAUCUCGUAGUCGGGAUCGGAGAAGAUCAAAAAGCCGGGAUCGAAAGUCCUAUAAGCACAGGAGCAAAAGUCGGGACAGAGAACAAGAUAGAAAAUCAAAGGAGAAAGAAAAGAGGGGAUCUGAUGAUAAAAAAAGUAGUGUGAAGUCCAGUAGUCGAGAAAAACAGAGUGAAGACACAAACACUGAAUCAAAGGAAAGUGAUACUAAGAAUGAGGUCAAUGGGACCAGUGAAGACAUUAAAUCUGAAGUGCAGCGUAAGUAUGCACAGACGAAGACGGAGCUAAGCCGAGUAAGAAGACAUACAAAAGCAUCUUCUGAAGGAAAAGACAGUGUAGUCCUGCAAAACAUUUUGAGGUACAUUGUUUUGUCUCAGCUAUUUUGUAGCAGACUCGUGCCCCCAUUAGUGUGCCUCUUUGGAACUUAUUGCCCACGUUUGUAAUGUAGUCGCCAUUGAAAAGUUAAUUAUCCUUUUUUUUAGGGAUUUUGCUGUCAUUUCUUUUUUUUUUUCUUUUUUUUAAUAAAAAGGUUGAACUGUUUUUUUUUUCUUUUUGGUAUUAAGUCCAUCUUGUGUUGGUACAUUGGCAGAGACAUAUGCUUUAACAACUUAAAUAUUUCUGAGGCACAUGUUGGACUACUUUGUUUUAAUUAAACUGCUAGUAUUUCUUUGUCAAGGAUGUUUCUAGUUUUUUGCUUUAUUGCCUUGCAUUCUAAUGCAGUUUGUUCUGUAACUCGAGAGCCAGUAGCAUUGGAUUGAUGGAAGUGUAGGGUUUAUGAAUUAUUGCAGCUGACUACCAUACCUCACACAGCGUUGGUGUUGUGAGCGGCCCAUGAAAAGCCAAAUUAAAAAUCAAGGAUUCAGUCAAACUAAGCAGGUACUCAUGCCAGGUACUCCUUUCUCUACCCACAUCCAUGUUUGAAUGCUAUUGCCUGUGAUCUUUACGCUUAACUGUUGUGUAUCUUUUUUGUUCUUUACAAGAAGCACAGAGGGGUUUUUUGUGUAUUGCGUGAAACCUUCUAAAUCAAAUGUUAACAGAAUGGAAUUUUUUUUCAACUGUAUGUAGGGAUGCAGUGGUGCCCAGAAUUAGAUAUCUUUAAAGAAUUUUAAAUACAAUAAACACUUCACAUUAUUCGCCUUGUUACAUUCAAUGCAAUUCUCAAGUCUUUAAGAGGUAUGUGUUUAAUAUUUCCUACGGUGUAGGAGAAUUUGCAGGCAGCCAUAGGUCCAUAGGAAUAGUCACUGGCUGAGACGUUUCAGGCAGCAGUGGAUAGCAGAGACAGACACCUUCAAUGUGUGAAAUACAAAGAGUUGAUGAAUCAUGUAGAAUGAAUUUGGGUUUUUAAAGAACUAUUAAAAGUUAGGUUUUAUGAGUUCUUAAAACCUAUAAACUGUUCAUUCUUUGGGCUAGUGGCUUGGGAUGAAAGAUGUCUACUGAAAGGGAGUACCAAGUAGUUGGUUUGUCAAUGGCUUUCUUCUUCUAGGACAGCAGUGUAGUGUUACGUGUGUGAGCCAUUCACACAUAGGCCAGCACACGCAGGCACAAGGCUUUAAGACCACGCUGAUGCCUUGGUAACUUACAGAGAAUACAGAUGUUCCAUGUCCAUAUAUUAAGUAGCAGUUAGUGACUGGGCCAACAACUUAGUCAUAAACAUUUGCCUUUUACAUGUUGUCUAAUUAUCUUUUUUCCCCAACUUUUGCAUUGUAGGACUGCUGUUCGAAGAUUUCUGCAAGAAACGUGAAAACGGCAUAACAUGAAGAUCGCCAUUAAAAUGAGGUGAAAGAAAACUAUAGUGGCAUAGAAAAGUAGAAAGCUCAGUUAGUUCUGUUUUGUUUUGUUUUUUUAUUAAAAAUGCAGGACUGACGUGACCUACCAGAUUUCAGAACAUGUGUUAAUAGCGUAUAUAUGCCACUGAGAACUUAGGUCCUGUAUCAUAUUGUUUUCUUUAAGACUUUUUAAGAAAUAUUCCCUAAACAUGUGGCUUGCUCAGUGUUUAAUUGCAAGUUUUCAUUCUUGGACUUUGAAAACAGGAUUAAACGUUAGUAUUUGUGUGAAUCAGACUUAAGUGGGAUUACAUUUUUACAACUCUGCUAUAUUCUAGCCUUUGGAUUUAGAAGUGAAAAUAAAGUAUCUCUGACUUUCUGUUACAAAUUUGAUUGUCUCUGUCAUUGAAAAGUUUUAGUAUUAAUCUUUUCUAAUAAAACUAUUGACUCUGAACUAGUCCCCUGUUUUAAAUAUGAGGUGCACUGUUACUAGAAGUGUUGGUGUACAGUUUUAUCUGACUGUUCUGUUAAAGACUAAUUUUUAUAGCAUUUCUGCAGUUUAAAUGUUUUAAAUAAUGGUGCUUCAAUUUUGGGUGGUUAUGAAUACAUUUGAAUUUUGCUUUUAAUAGCAAAGAUGUACAGUGAACUAGAAUAUAUUUUUACAUCCCUGAGAGAUCCCUUUAGUAGUAGAAAAUUCAAAAUAGCCUUCUGAUGAGCACUCUCUUCUUCUAGUUAUGAAAUAAUGAUGUAGAAGAGCAUUCAAGAACUUUUAACUAGCUUUUGGUCUUUGUUUUAAAUCCUGUGUCAAGGUUUCUUUUAACCUGGUCUUGUCAGAUUACAGACGUAUUCAUUUCUGUGUAUGGGCUGUGUAGUACACAUAAUAAGGAUUUAUUUUUUAAAAACAGGCUUAAACAGGUCGUUCCCCCCACCCCCAGCUAGUUUGGCAGCAUGUUUCUAUAGCCAGCUUUGUCAACUGUGUAAAAGUAUUAUCCAGCUACAUAUAUCAUAGCAAUUGUUUGUGGUUUAUAGUUUUCAAAUAUUGCUGUCAAGUUUAUAAGGUAGAGAAACCGGGUAACUGGGUUAAAUAACUUACGCAAGGUCAUAUGGCUUCAUGUUGGCAGAGAGCUGGCAUGUGGAACCUAGGUCUCUCUCUCUGCCUUUUGGUCCAGUCCCUCACUUUUCUGCCACUGUGUCCACUCUCAUAGGCAUAGUGAACUGUCACAGAAUUUCCUAAAAUACCCUCCACCGAGCUGUGGGAAGUGAUGAAGCUGCCACCUCAGAGGUGCUUGGUGUGAGAUCAUGCCAGGGGCACAGGGCAUUCCUGGCUCACUGGCUGAUUGUGGAGGCCCAGAAGGCCCACACGAAUGGGUUGGGUAUCUCUGACUUUGUCAGGAUUAAGAUAAGAUGCAGAGCAGUCUAAUACAAAAGCAGUCCCUCCCAAGCACUGGUGGUGGAGUUUGACAGGCUUGUGGUUGUGAGAGCGCAAGUGCUAGUUCCUCCUAUUCUGUUGCUCCGUAUCUGGAAAACCCAUCUGGAGAAACCGAAAACACAGUUUACUGAAGUAUUAAGGUACUAAAUUACUAAGGGAUUAAAAUGCCAGGUUUGUUCUUGCCUCUUCUGGAAUCCAUAGCUAAGUUAAUUUAAUGAGGUGCAGUAAAUGAGUUCGUGAGAAGUCGUCGUCAUCUUCAUGAUUCUAUGGGCAUUUUGAUGUAUUGAUCACAAUGGGAGGUAGGUAGGAUUUGGGAGAGAGGCCUGGCCCCUUACGGUGUCCAUGACUAAUGUCUGGUUUCAUUGGAGAUCUAGAAGUUCAGUAGCCCUCAACACCCAGAAUUUAGCAGGCUCAAGAGGAAAUUAUUCCUACUUAAAUUCAUAAGAAUCAAAUAUAGAGGCUAUGUGCUUAUUGAAUUUAAGAAAUAUGCAUUUCUGCCUUUAGGGCCAAGCAGUUGUCAGUCGGUCAGUGUGUAUUUUCUCUGUGAAGAGCCUUUAAGGGGAUCAGAUUUUAUUACUCAGAAGAUUACUUGGUAAGACUGGAAUUGGAUCAGAGCAAUCAAGUUUUGUUAACUUUUUAUUUUGGAAAAUUUAAGACCUACGUAAAAGUAGAACAGUAUAAUCAGCCUCUAUUAAAGACUCAAGGGCCAGUCUUAAUUUUAUAUAUGUAUGUGCAUGUGUGUAUGUAUCCCGUCCCUCCUUUUAUUUUCAAGCAAGUCUAAGACACACCAUUUAAUCUGUAAAUAUUUCUGCAUGUAUUUCUAAAAGUUAAGAUCUCAAACAAGUUCACUAACGAGAAUAAAUUGGAUUAACUUUUAAUUGGCCGAGUCCUCAACUGUAGUUCUGGUCUGGUGGCUUGCUUUCCAUAGUGCGUCUCCAGAGGAGCACGUGAUGGGUCUGCUGCUCUGGCGGCCUCUUAGCUUCCAUGUGGAAAGACUAUGCGUCACCUCCCUUUUUGUUAACAUGUUUUCUUCAAAUAGAUCACAAUAUAUUUACAGUUGACCCUGGAACAAUGCGGGAGGUUUGGCAUGCCAACCACCCCCACCUCCUGUGCGGUCAAAUCCACACACAUACUGGACUUCCCCCAGAACUGCUAAUAGCCUGCUGUUGACCAGAAGCCUUAACUACAAUGUAGUUGAUGAACACACAUGUGGUAUGCAUAUUGUGUAUCGUAUGCUUCCAGUAAGGUAAGCUCAAGGACACGUGUUGAGAAAAUCAUAAGAGAAUACAUUUACAGUACUGUGCUGUAAAAAAACCCUUAUAAGUGGACCCAUGCAGUUCAAAUGCGUGUUGUUCAAGGGUCAGCUGUAUUUUUCAUUUUGGAUUAAAACCCAUUUCUUGCCUUCUUGAGGUUGUAAUAAACAGUCCUAUUUCGGCUUAGAUAUUUAUCUCCUCUCUUUACACCAUCACACCUGCAGGCAGUCUGUCUGCUUUCCCCAGUAUAUAGUUAAGUGUCUCAGAGGCCAACUCUUACGUACAGGAUGUCGGCCACCUUCUGAUUAAAGUUUCUAGAGAGAUGUUUCAGCGGAACAAUUUAGGGUGGGAGUUUUAUGAGUGUCCAUUCCGUGCUUCUAAAAAAUGCAUUUUAGGUUGGCUGUGUGAAUAUUUUUAAACAUUAUUCUAAAGUGCAUGAAACAAAAGGAAAACACUUGAGAAUUGUCUGUAUUUUCUGUAGGAUGCAACUUCGUUCAGGGCUGAUUUUCAAGUUUCAGUUCAGAUUGAUUUUUUUUUUAGUUUAUGAAAGAACCCCAGGGGACUACUUUUUAAAAAUUUUGUAUUACAAUUGUAAUGCUUGUUCGUGGUUCAGAAAACAACAGUAGAAGUGUUAAGUGAUCUCUUCCCCACCCCCUCCUGUCCUUCUGGUCUUCCUUUUCAGGAGCACUGUUAACAGUUACUUUUGCUGGAGGGAGGUGGGAGUUGUAAGCAUAUAUGUAUAGACCUUUUUUAUAUAUGAUAGUACACCAAUAUGUUUUGAAUCUUGCUGUUUUCACUCUUAUAUUUAGAAACAUUUGAGAGCUAGACCACCACCCUUAAGUUUUAAACAUGUUGUUUUUCAGAGUAUAUUUCAAGUAAACCAAAGCAGAGACGUAAAUGUGCUUUUCAUUGUUGUAUCAGACUUUUUAAUUUCCUACUUUAAAAAUGCAGUUUGAGAGUCCUUGAUCUAUUUCUUCCCCUCAGCCCUUCCAAGUAGCUCAGUCGUCGACAGAUAUAAGAAUGUUUCGGAAAAACAGCUUUAGGAAAUAGUUUGGCAUAAGGGUCCGUGGCCUAACUUCUCUUGUGGCUAUUCCACUCCUAGAUACAUACCCUAGAGAAACUCUUACACAUGUGUCAGGACAUGAAUGUGAAAAUGUCAUAACAGCAUUGUUUGUAACAGGAAGAGAAGGAAAACCAAAAUAAACUGGGAAGACCCCAAGUGUCCUUCCAUCCACUGGAUAAAUACCAUGGCAUCUUCCUACCAAUUCCGUGGGAUCACACAGAAAUCCUCCUUGAACUACAGCUACACGUGUGAACACAGAUGAAUCUCGGUGGUCGGAAAAGCAAGUUACAGAAGAAUAUACAUGCGCCAUGGUUCCAUUUCUGUGAAGGUCAAAACCGAGCAGUUAAGUUAAACCUAUGGUAAAUGAAAGAAAAGCAAGGAAAUGAUUAACGUGAAAUUCACCGUUAACCUGUGGCGGCGGAGGGCACGGAGCAGCCUUCAGAGGAACUGCUGACUGCGCUCUGUUGCGAGAGCUGGGUGGGUGGUUUCUUUUUUAAAGUGUAUGUUUCUGUGCUUUUGUAUGUAUGCCAUUUCUUAAUAAAAUUUAAAUUUAAA